UGGUGCGGUUUGCUUCGGUGCGCGCGCGUCUCUUCACUUCCCACACCAAACUCACUCACCGCCAGCAGCGAGAGGCAUGAUCAAAGCGUCGCCGCCAACUCCUGGCAUUUAGUGAGAGAGCGACAGAGAGCGACGAGAUGAGGCGGCUGCAAGCAGGCGGAGUGGCUUCCCUGCUGGCGCUGGCCACGCUGCUCCUCGCUCUGCUCGACGACUCGUCUGCCGAGGCCAAAAAUACCAACGUCUCCAGAGACGUGGCUUGGUCGCCGCUGUUUUCGGUGCUGGGGCGGCACUUGUCGAGCGUGGAGGCGUCCGAGCCGGAGCAGCAGCCGCGGGGGCGGGGCGGACGGCCGGACAACUCGAGCGUGUGGUGGCUGCCGUCGUCGCCGACGCGCCACCGGCACCACCACGGCCGCGGCCGGCCGCAUCGCUCAGGCCACAAUGCCACGGCCGGCACAGGAGGCCCCGACGUGUGCUACGGCCCGAACGAGGUGCUCAUCGUGAUCGCCGUCACGUGCGCCGUCAACUUCGCCUUCAUCUUCGGCAUCAUGACCGUCGUCCACCUGUGCAACAUCAGGAACCACGCGCACAUCCACUCGGCCGCCGCCCUCUCAAAACUCGUCUCUGCGGGUCACGCUGAUUCGAUAACCCUGGUGGCAGACGGGAGGUGUCCGGCAAAGGCGCGGCGGCGGUCGUGCGAGCCGUGCGCGUCCGCCUCUAUGACGAUGCUGCUGCUGCCGGAUCUGGAGGUGGACGAGGAGGCGGGCGGGGGCAGCACUGCCCCCGGCUGGUACCCGAGCAAGGCCAGGAACGGACACUACCAGGCUCUCAGCCAAGCGCACUCCAUGGAGGACCUACACAUCCUCGAGUGAAUCCCUUUCGAGCAAAUGCGAGUUUUUGUUUCAGUUUGAAGCAGGGUAUUUCACAGACUUGGGUUUUCUUCACCAGAUUUUAGCAGUCAGGAACUCGAAAGAAGGGGUAAUGUAAUUUUCAUUGAAAAUUUGAAGAAGAAAAAAGGAAUUUUGGGGAGCUCUCCUCAGCACAAUAAGUCUUUAUUAAUUAAAAAAUUCGCAAUAAAAUCAAAAUCAAAGAUUUCCCUAGACUCGAUUCCGGAAUUAAACAAAUCAAUAGUAUAGAUUGUGAUAUCAGAGCAGAAUUUUAUUUUAACGAGGAAGAUGCCUAGUGAAGCGGAAGUGGAAACUAUUACGGUUAGAAUUACUAUGCACUCUGCGAAUGAUGUAAAUCGCGUAUUAGCAUUGUCUAGUCAGCGAAAGAGAGCACUAUUUUUCUAAGGACUUGGACGCGUUGUAUACUGCAUUAAAUGUGAAACUCUGGUCGUGUUAAGACACACAUAAACUCACUUUAUUUGCUCCGAAAUGAAUAGCGUCGUGUGCUCCUUCUUUUUAUGAUCGUCGCCACUCAUAAAUUCCCCCUUCUAGACCAUAAAUUUGUAUGUCACUAUCGAUGUUUGUUACUCUAUAUCAACUCUCUGACUCCAAUAAAACGUCAGAUAUAUAUAUGCUUAUUAAAUAUACAUAUGAAUGUGUGUAAGUGUAACAUAUCGCAUAUAAAUAAAAAAUAUAUUUAUUUUUCAAAA